AUGCCAAAGGUUGGUAGCAAUAGCCCCGCCACUAUGCAGCAUAUGCUCUGCGUGCCAUCGCAUGACAUUCCACUCGCCAUGCCCUUCUUCACUGAGGGAAUAAUUCCACCAGCUCGAAUAUCUCGGAGCCCAAAUGGUACACAUUGCAGCUCGCCACAAACCACACGACAAAACUUUGCAAGCACACAAUGCGUUUGCUGCAGCCGGCUCACGUGGACAUGCCCCCUCCAAAGGAGUAGGGCCGCCGUGAGCACCUUGGCGCUCUCUUCGCUGUCAACACGCUGUGGUAGGAACUGGGGAACCCCAGCAACCUCCAAUACCGAUCGACGGCGAAGCCGUGCCUCAUUCGCCCCAACUAUUCCUGCGUCCAGCAAAUCUCACCCAACCACCGCCUUAUUCAGUUACACGCGACCACAUUUCGAGUGCAGGUUGUGGGCAAACCAUCACUUGACUUAGUACCAGAAGACCACGCAUUCGUAGUGUGCAGUUCUACCAAUAAUUUGCACAUCUGACCCCCGUCAUAGCUCGACUGCUGACCCCGUCUUGAGUGCUAACGAUGUACAGCAAAAUUGAGAACGCUUGGCGGACUGAGUCGUUAUACUAUCAUAAAACUGGGUAGUCUCCGAUAUCUUGUUUUUUGUGAAGGUCAACCCUCGCAGACUCACUACAACCAGGUGACUUACAGCUGGAACACCUGCCGUGGCAGUGUCAGAUGGGAAGCCAAUCAUAACCC